UUAUUUCACUUCUCAACAAUCCCUCUGUCUCAUACUUCUCGUGAACCCAUUAUUACUUGCGGCUAAAUCCACCACCACAUUUCCUUCCCCCGCCCACCAAGCCACCAAUGCUCUAUGCCCCAUUUUGCAGUAACUUCUUCUGCCAUCCUCUCCCACAUAUAUAUAAACCACAGAAAGAACCUCCAAAACCCUGCACUUUUCUUCAGAGCUCCCAAACUCCUCCCAAAAAUGGCACAACUUUCCUCUUUGCCUCUCCUACUAUUCAUAACACUCCUUCAUUUCACUCACAUUGCCUCUUUCACCAUCAUCGUGUCCGACUCCAACAACCAAACCGGUCUGGCCGACCGUAUCGAACCGGGUCAGUUCUCCCCGGACACAAACCGUGCUCGGACCGAGCCGAACGAGCAGGAAGCGGUUUACGACGUGAUGAGGGCGACGGGCAACGAUUGGGCCACGGACAUUCCCGACGUCUGCAGGGGACGGUGGCAUGGGAUCGAGUGCGUCCUCGACAAGGACAACGUCUUCCACGUGGUGUCGCUGUCGUUCGGAGCAUUGUCGGACGAGACCGCCUUCCCGACGUGUGAUCCCUUCAGGUCGUUCAUUUCUCGCUCGGUGACCAGGCUCCCCCAUUUGAGAACCCUCUUCUUCUACCGCUGCCUGACCCACAAUCCACAACCAAUUCCUUCCUUUCUGGCUCAAUUAGGACCCACUUUGCAGACCCUGGUUCUUCGAGAGAACGGUCAUGUGGGUCCCAUCCCGAGCCAGCUGGGGAACCUCAGCCGGCUCAGGGUUCUUGAUCUCCACAGGAACAACCUUAACGGUUCGAUACCGGUUGAGUUGGGCCGGUUGGACGGGUUGAAGUCAUUGGAUUUGAGCGGCAACAAGUUAACGGGUUCGAUACCCGGGGUCACGUUUUCUUCCAUGAAUGUGCUGGACUUGAGCCAAAACCUCCUCAAGGGUUCAAUCCCAGCCACCAUCGUCUCGAGCCAUCGACUUAUCAAGCUCGAUGCUAGCCGCAAUCGUCUCACCGGUUCGAUUCCAGAUGCCAUCGGCGGCUUGAAGGAGCUUAUCCUCAUGGAUUUGAGCUACAACCGGCUGUCCGGCCCACUCCCGGCGACCAUCAGAGGCUUAACUUCUCUGCAAGCAUUGAUUCUCAAGGGCAACCCGUUGUGGUCCACCGCUCUUGCUGGCACUGAGUUUGAAGGUAUGAAGGCACUGCAAGUUCUAGUGAUGUCCAACAUGAACCUGUCAGGUCCGAUCCCAGAGUCACUGGCCAGGUUGACGAGCCUGAGAGUGGUUCACCUAGACGGCAACAAACUCAAUGGCUCGAUCCCAAAGGCAAUCGGGGAACUGAGGAUCCUGUCGGAGUUGAGAUUAAACGACAAUGAACUGAGUGGCACUGUGCCAUUUGGAAGAGAGAUGGUCUGGAGGAUGAGAAGGAAGCUCAAGCUUCACAGCAACACAGGGCUUUGCUAUGAAACCGGUAGUGGGUUAGGAGGAGACGGUCCAGAUUCUGGUUCAUACUUCGACUUGGGAAUUGGUUUAUGUACAUGACUCUAGUAAUAGUAGCAACGUUGUUGAUAGUUGUUUUUGGUCCAGCGUAUCUCAAUGAAACAACUUCCCAAGUGUAUAGUGAAA